AUGGCAUCAACGCACCCAUACCAACAACUCGACAUCGACGAGCGCGUGAAGCGAGUUCUACUCAAAACACCACUCAUAGACGGCCACAAUGACCUCCCCCAGCAACCGCGGGCCUGUUUCCACGGCAAGAUUCACAGCAACCCCAAAUUCGACUUUGAGAAUGGUUUCGAGAGAGGAAUGACUGACAUUCCCCGGCUGAGAGAAGGUGCCGUAGGCGGUCAAUUCUGGUCCAUAUGCGUCCCGUGUCUGAGGUCCGCGGAGAACUUCUCGACCGCCGAGUACUCGGACAUGGCUCGCGACGCAAUUGAACAGAUUGACCUGACGCUUCGCCUUGUUGAAUCCUACCCGGAGACUUUCCAGUUGGUGGAUGGGCCGGAUGAUGUCAAGAAGAUUUAUGAGUCGGGACGGAUCGCGUGUUCGAUUGGUAUUGAGGGGUUGCACAUGGCCGGCAACAGCAUCGGUAUAAUCCGCGCUUUCUACCGCCUUGGAGUCCGUUAUUGCACCCUCACCCAUGUGUGCAACAAUGCCUUUGCCGACAGCUCGACAUCCAAGGUCGGGCCCGUCCACGGUGGCCUCUCCAAGCUGGGCCGUUCAUCUGUGGUCGAAAUGAACAGAAUAGGAAUGAUUAUAGACAUCUCCCAUGUGUCCGAAGACUGCGCCAAGCAAGUCCUCACUCUCUCCCGCGCACCAAUCAUGUUCUCCCACUCCAACGUCAAAGGUGUCUUUGACUGUCCGCGCAACGUCCCAGAUCACAUCCUCGAUAUGGUCCCCGCGAACGGCGGCAUCGUCAUGGUCACUUUCGUCCCGGAGCACGUCACCACUCGCAGGAGGGACGCCAAGAUGGAGAUGGUCCUCGAUCAUUUGUUCUACGUCGCUGAGCGCAUCGGCUGGGACCACGUCGGGCUCGGAUCCGACUUUGACGGUAUCGCGUCUGUGAUCCCUGGGUUGGAGGACGUGAAGUGUUACCCGCGGCUUCUGAAGGCAAUCCUCGACCGGGGCGCGACGGAGGAGCAGCUUGCCAAGGUUGCAGGGGAGAACAUCCUGCGGGUGUGGCGCGGGGUUGAGAAGGUCAGGGAUGCGAUGAAGGCCGAGAGAAUCUUGCCCGUGGAGGAUGUCUGGGAGGGCCGGGAGUGGUGGAGGUAUGAUGGGUAUUACCAGAUGCCUGACCCCGAUCCCGAGGAUAAGUUGGGAUUGGAUUGGUACGGUGUCCCGCCUCCGGAUGAGGGUUUGUAUCUUGAAGAUGAUAAAUAG